AACAAGGAACCUAAAAAACUAAUUUUUAAAAACUUCGAAGUGCAUGAUGAUUACAUGAUUAGUCCAUUGACAAAAGGUGCAAAGUUUGAUCGGUCUCAGUCAGUCAGUCGACCGUGACCCAUAAAGUCUGUGAGUUGUGACCGGUUUCCGCUGCUCGAGCUGUGCGGGGGGGAAUGAAGACAACUGAGCUCCAUUCAGCUUCUUUUCGGUCUUUUUGGGUAGCCCAUGUGAACUAAUAGUGGAGAAAGUCAGGCCACUGCAUGAAAUAAUAUGUCGAGAAAAAUGUCACGUUUUCUAAUUCGCUUCUCCUCUAUCGUUUCCAACGGAGCGACUGUCAAAUCAAUUUUACAUCAGAAGAGGAUAUUUGCAGGGAUUCGGCUGAUGUCUACAUCAACGGGUUUGCAGUCAUUGACACGUUAUGACCAGUCCACAGAUUGGCAGAGGAAGCUGACUCCAGAACAGUAUGUUGUUACAAGAGAAAAAGGCACAGAGGUGCCAUUCAGUGGCAUCUACUUGAAUCACAAUGAGGUGGGCAUGUACCACUGUGUUUGCUGUGACUCCCCUCUUUUUAGCUCAGAAGCGAAAUAUGAUUCAGGAACUGGGUGGCCGUCCUUCUAUGAGGCUCAUGGCACAUGGGAAAAAGACGAGAGUCACGCCAACAUUGUCCGUCGCCCUGACAACUCACUUGGUAGCACAGGAACAGAGGUUAUCUGCAAACAUUGUGAUGCCCAUCUUGGACACGUCUUUGAUGAUGGUCCGGAUCCUACUGGCCAGCAAUUCUGCAUCAACAGCAUUGCUCUAAACUUUAAGCCCAGAGAGAAAUAAUGUAGAGACAGCCAUAUAUCUCCGGACAGUAUUUUACAGUUAUUUCAUGCAAAUAAAGAAAACAAAUAGGAUUUGAGUAACAAAUGUCCACCUGGUAUGCUAUGAGUUAGUCUACAAAUUAAAAAUAAGUGUUCCAAAAGGGUGUCUUUAUCAGAAAUCCCAUUUUUGAUUCCUCAAAAAUGACUCAUUUCUAUGAACAGUCCUUAAAAGAACCAUUUUUUCUUAGUGUAAAGAACAUUUAAAAAUUCUAAUGAACAUUUUCCACUGUAAAGAACCCACUGGGAGGGUUCUAAAGAUGUUACAAGUUCUUAUUGGAAACAGAUGGCAAUAA